AUGUCAAGCUUAAAUUGGAGGAAUUUGUUUAGACAAACAAGUCAACUUCAGUUUAAAGCUCAAGACAACUACACACUCAAUGUUAGAAAGAAAACAAAAGUGAAAAAGCAAGAACACGUGAAGCUUAUUUGGAUCCGGAUCAAUAGGCGGGAGAUCUAUGCGCAAUCCGUAGGCGUCUGCUACGGACAAAACGGCAACAAUUUGCCAUCGGCACAAGACGUUGUCCAACUCUACAAAUCCAAUGGCAUCGGAAGGAUGAGAAUAUAUGCGCCAGAUGGGGCAACUUUGAACGCCCUUAAAGGAUCCAACAUAGAGCUUAUACUUGACGUUCCGAAUGCUAACCUUCAGUCCCUGUCAGCAGACUACUCGGCGGCAGUGCAAUGGGUCCAAAACAACGUGGUAGCCUAUUCCUCGGACGUCAAAUUUCGCUACAUUUCAGUGGGGAACGAGGUCGAUCCCAACACCGAUACUGCCCAAUAUGUUAAUUAUGUUCUCCCAGCCAUGCAAAAUGUUUACAAAGCGCUUGGAGCCGCCAACUUGCAAGGCCAAAUUAAGGUUUCAACUGCCGCAUACAUGGGACUUAUAGGCGUCUCGUACCCUCCUGCGAAUGGUGCUUUUAAGGAUAACGUCAAGUCCUUCAUACAGCCAAUCAUCAGCUUUCUUGUCCAAAACAAUGCUCCGUUGCUAGCCAAUAUCUACCCGUACUUCGCCCGCAGUGAUAACCCGAGCAGUGUCCCCCUUGAUUAUGCCUUGUUCACAGGCCAACCUAAUGGUGCAUACACAAAUCUGUUUGAUGCCAUGUUGGAUGCUUUCUACUCUGCUGUUGAGAGUGAGGGUGGAUCUAAUAUGGAAAUUGUUGUGUCGGAGAGUGGAUGGCCUUCAGCCGGAGGUGCAGACGCAAGCGUGGCUAAUGCACAAACUUACUACAGCAAUUUGAUAAAACAUGUUAAGGGAACGACAGGGACCCCAAAGAAGCCUGGGAAGGCUAUUGAAACUUACCUCUUUGCCAUGUUUGAUGAGAACCAGAAAUCAGGGGCUGAGACCGAGAAACAUUUUGGCCUUUUCAGUCCAGACAAACAGCCUAAAUACCAGCUUACUUUCAAUUGA